AUGACUGGAUGCAUGACAUUCGGCCCAGAAGGAGGAGGAGCGCGCGUCAAGACAAACGAGGGCGCAACUGAGAUCAUAUCCGCCUUUCGCUCUUACGGCCAUACUGCCCUCGAUACCGCCCGCAUCUAUACCGACGGCAACACCGAAAAGAUGAUGGGUGAACUCGACCUCCAGGGACUCACCAUCGACACUAAAUGUUUCCCCCUCCAACUCGGUGGUCUCCAGGCCGCUAAAGUCAAGCACUCGCUUCAGGAAUCGUUGGAGGCGCUGAAGACGGACAAGGUUCACGUGUUUUAUCUCCAUGCACCUGACUAUGCGACCCCGAUCGAGGAGACGUUGAAGGCUGUGGAUGAGCUGUAUCGGGAGGGCAAGUUUGAGGUGUUUGGAUUGUCGAAUUAUCCGGCUUGGGUUGUUGCGCAGAUUCAUUAUCUGUGCAAGACUAACGGAUACGUUGUCCCUACCGUCUACCAAGGUACUUUGUAA